UCUCUUUACUCCUUAAUGUACAGAAGUGACAAGAGUAGACCAAAAGAGAAAUCCAAGCAAAGUAGAGAUAAGAACACGCAGGAGCAUGGACAAAAUCGAGCAUUCGACGAUCACCACAAACGGGAUCAACAUCCACGUGGCGUCCAUCGGGACGGGUCCGGCGAUCCUGUUCCUCCACGGCUUCCCCGAGCUCUGGCACUCCUGGCGGCACCAGAUGCUCUCUCUCUCCGCCCUCGGCUACCGCUGCAUCGCUCCCGAUCUCCGCGGCUACGGCGAUUCCGACGCGCCGCCGUCUCCGGCGUCGUACUCCGUCCACCACAUUGUCGGCGACCUCGUUGGGCUUCUCGACCAUCUGAGCCUGGACAAGGUCUUCCUGGUGGGCCACGACUGGGGCGCUUACAUGGCCUGGUUCUUCUGCUUGUUCCGGCCCGAUAGGAUCAAGGCUGUGGUCAACCUCAGCGUCGCUUUUAUGCCGAGGAAUCCGCGGAUAAAUCUCGUGGAUGGGUUUAGGGCUUUUUUUGGUGAUGAUUUCUACUUUUGCAGGUUUCAGGAACCAGGAGAGAUUGAGAAAGAUUUUGCUUCUGAUGACACCGCAACAGUACUCAAGAAACUUUAUACAUCUUUUGGUGCAACUCAUCUUUUCAUACCGAAAGAAUUAGGAUUCAAAGGUUUGAAAGCUCCAGAUACAUUGCCCUCAUGGCUGUCGGAAGAAGACAUCAAUUAUAGUGCAAGUAAGUUUGAGCAGAAGGGCUUCACCGGAGGAUUGAACUAUUACCGAGCUGCUAACCUAACAUGGGAGCUCCUAGCUCCAUGGACCGGAGCACAAGUCAAAGUUCCAGCGAAGUUCAUCGUCGGCGAUGAAGACACCACCUAUCAUUUCCCGGGCGUGAAGCAAUAUAUAGAAAGUGGUGGCUUCAAGAAGGAUGUGCCCUCCUUGGAGGAAGUGGUUAUAGUGGAAGGUGUAGCUCACUUUAUCAACCAAGCAAAGCCAGAGGAGAUCAGCACCCACAUAUACGACUUCAUCAAGAAGUUUUGAAUUUCAACUUAGCUGAACAUUUACAGCUUAUAAUGUUGUGUCCAAGGUAAAACCGACCGGAUUGUAGGUCUACAUCUGAAUCAUGGGCAUAGCAUUAAUGGAUUUUCUUCAAGUUUUUUUUUUUU